AUGAGCGUGCUGGACGCCCUAAAAAACGGUCACUCCAAGCAUCUGACCAAUGGUGUGGCCGAGACGAAUGAUUUAAACAAGGUGGACUCGAGGGGUUACACGGCCAUACACUGGGCCUGCUACUACCGUCGAUUGACAGAACUGAAAAAGUUACUCGACGCGGGCGCCAUGCUCAGUCACCCGAACAAGGUAUACUUCAUGUGUCUGAAAUAAAACUGAACAUAUUACGCAGACCAAAGUUGUAUACGAAAAGAGCAAAAAGUGUAAUUUGACUUGUCCUUAACCAAAACCUGACGACUAAAUCAGAUUACUCCAAUUGACUUGGUACCGUCAACAUAGCUGAGUAUAUGACGAUUGAAAGGUCGUUAGCAAGCCAGGCCACAGAACAUGCAUCUGCGUCUUUCGGAAAUACGGAUAUAUUGAUGUAGCCCGGUUUCGGUUGUAUUCUUCCUGACCACCAUAUGGGAACAGAAACGCAAAUGUUUACAAGAAGGCAGAGUAGACGACCCGCAGGUUGGGCAUAGCGUCGAAACGAGGGUUGCCAGUAUUUCGCCACCUGUCACAGCAGGUCGGGCCUAUAUUCACACAGGAAUGGGUGCACACGGAUCAAACUACAGUACGAGGGUUUACUCAUGAAAUGCCAAUCGAAAUUCCAAAAUGCGUUUUCGUCUGGAAAAGAUUAAUUAAGUGGGGUUUUAAAACUAUUCAUCAUGCAACGCAUUUCUAUAAUAAUUAAGCUACCUUAGAAUGCUGGCUUUCGGACAAACUUAUAUACGGCUGCAUGCAAAAACUGCACCGUAAAAAUGACUCCUUACGCAGCAUGCAUAUUCCUCACUGAUUUUCAAAGCACUUAAAAAUUCAAUCAUAUUUAAUGAAAAAUAUGCAUAGAAAUAUUUAUUCUUUUGCUCAUUCGGUAGAAAAUGACGCUUUAUUCAAAUUUUAAAUUCGAAAGAAAGGUAAAAUUAGGUUUUAAAAAAGGUUAUAAUUGCGAGAUUUCCUAAUACCGUGAAAUGGCCCUUCAUAAAACGUCAUGUCUCCGCAUUUACCAAUGUGGCUUGUACAGUUAACAAUAUAGCUCAAAUCCACUGCUACAUUUUAUGAACCCCAUAUGGUCUCCUCUUAAUACCGUAGAGAAAUGUGUGGUUUCCCAUAUGCGGAAAAUAUAUGGCUUGUAGUUUGGAAACUCUGAAUGCAAGUGUAACGAUAGAGGGGCUCAAGAUUAUUCGGGAAUUGGAAAAGUUUUUAAAAACCGAAUUAUGUCCCUCCUUUCGAGUAUAAAUUUGGAAAAAGACGUAAUUUCCUACCGAAUAAGCAAGAGACUGGAUAUUUUUUGCAUGUUUUUCAUGAAAUAUAAUUGACCUUUUGAGGGCAUCGAAAACCAACGAGAAAAUGCAUGCUACGUAAGUAGUCAUUUGUCACAGAGUUUGGUUUUUGCAUGCAGCCGGGAAAAAGCUCGUUAGAAAGGCGGCAUCCUGAGGUAGCUAAAUCAUUAUAGAAUUAUGCUAUGCGAUGGCUAGUUUGACAACCCUGCUUACUUAAUCUUUUCGAAACGAAGACGCAUUUCGGAAUUUCGGUUGACAUUUCAAGAGUUAACCCACCUAUUAUACAUAUAUGGUCAGCCAGACAUUUGCCAACGACGGUGUCCACCCGGGCAGGUGUAGAACGGUGAUUUGCGCCUGAAUGAGUUUGUGAUGAGAGGGGACUUUCGCAGCAUCGUCCGCACUCUCUUUUCCCUCAUCCAUCUGAGGCCAGUGGCAAGAGGGAGUCUGGGCUACUGGGGGUGGAUUCAGGAGCUGUGACUGACAAGGCUAAAUGGUCCGUCUACGCGUGUAAAACCCGCGCACAAUAGACCAGGUUUUCAAGGAGACGGGUGGGAGGUCCGGAUUCCAGCUGAGCGGAAGUACCAUAGAGGUCACAUUCAGAAGGAAUCAUUGUAGCCUGACUCUCUAUAUUGAGAAAAUCGCGUUAUGCCGUUAGUUGGCAGCCUACUAAGUCACGAAUUUUAGUGCAACCUAGUAGUUUCAAAAAAGUGAGAUUUUUUUGUAGUUGUAAGAUUUUCUGGAGUGCUGUGGGGACAGAUACGUUGACCACGACUAGUGUCUUUUUAAGUUUUCGUGUAGCGAUGCUGCAGUAAUAAAGAUUUUCAUGAGCUCCCAUCCCAAGAAGCCGUCCUGCAAAAAAGAAAUGAAAGUAUAAGUAACAGAUACAGUCAAAACGUACAAUUUUCAGUGCGUUAAUACAAUCUGUUCUCCUUAAAAUUACUGAAUGUUUUUGAGCGACGUACGGAGCCGUCGAGCCGGAGAACACCCGUAAAUGUCAGCGAAUUCUUGGCAGGUUUCGGUUCCUUCAGCUGAUUGCUCAAACCAAUUGUUUGUUCCUAUCAUAACUUGCAAAUCGCAACAGUUCCUCUAAGUGGUCAUUUGUGUAAUGGGUUCACGGGCGUUUUUCGCAAAAAACAUCUGGCUGACAUUUAUUUGCUCAUAUGAGUAUGAAGUGUAACCGUCCAAGACAAUGGACGUCUACGACAAAAGACUGCGACUGAUAUUCCCUUGAUUAAAAAACAAAACCUUUCUAAAAUGUUCUCCUUCAAACUGUUUCGCUAGAAUCGUUUGUGAAUGAAUAGUCACGUUCUGCAUCUUUUUCCAAGCCACAGUUAGGAUAAAAACUAAAAUAGUUUGCCUUUUCGUGCGUUUUUCUGACUUAUGUUGUCAACAGUUUUGCCGUAAAUGACGAAACUCCCAUUUCUGUUUAUUGUGGAGCCAUUUUCUUUGACCCUGCUUAAUUACUGCCCUAUUCUAUUAAUAAAAACGCGCUUUACAAUGAGCAGUAAAUACUAUGGCAUUUUUACUACGGUCGACGAGCUAUGCGCAACUUUUUAGAUUAAAAUAGCCACUUUGUGUUGGGUCUUUUCGCAUUUGCUAAUGCCGUAUUUGUAUAUGCCAGGAGAUAGCGCAUGGUAAAACAAAAUUUGGUUGAUGGCGUUACGAAUGCUUUUUAGAGCGUCCAAUUACACCCAUUUACUACUUCAAAAUUUUAAUAAGUGAGUUUUUUCCGACAGUAGCGUUGUUACCUACAUCUUGACUUACCUGGUUUACACCAAAACAAAAAAGCAUAUUUGAGGUCGUCAAAGGUUGUUUUGGCAAAAGAGCUAGAGCUUAUGUUAAUUAUAUGUUUUACAGACACGCACAGCUGUACCCUGAGGACGCUAGUUAGCAACUCAGGUCGUCUUGAUAUAAGAUUCCACAAUAACUUUGGAUACAGUCGAUAAAAUUGAGAAGGAGCAAAUUUAACUUCGGAAAAGUUUGUUGAGUUUGCCGAUCUGUGCGUCUUGUCGAUCCGUUUAAUGUAGAGAGCAGAUUCCGUCAUUUGGAUUUUAAAAAGGCUCAAUGGUGUCCUCACAGAUGAUCGCAUAACGACAAGCCAACAUUUAAAAGGAAUAACGACGGAGAAAUGCGAAAUUAAAAUGACACUUCGGGUUUCUUAACUGUCAUCGGCCGGCCAAACCGAAAACCCACAUCAUGCCGGCCCGAGAUUCGAACGGGGUCAGAUGCUCCGCCAUUUAGUAGCAUGCUUGUUGCCUUAUCGGUCGCGAUCGAGAACAGAGAGUACCUCCAAAGUAGCUUGUACAGUGUGCGCAGAUCACCCUGUCCAAAGACUUUGUCCAGCCAGGCCCAUCCCCUUUCGGCUUUGCAUGUGAAAACUGGUUAGAGUGGGAAUUGACUUUCCCGUGGAGGUAUCGACCGGAGGUCACAGCCUGUUUCGGUGGGUCAGUUUCCAUCUUAUCAGGAAGAAUAGGAAAAGCACCGGAAAAAUCUUUUACAUGGUGUCCAUCCCUCUGCACGCAAUAGACUUGCCAGAUAGAAAGGACUUUGAUUGGGAUGGACUCAAAUCUAUGGAAGUCACGCCUGUGGACUCAGUGAAUAGAGCCCUAUUCCUCUCCCCCCCGAUGAUUGUGCAGGUUUAUUUUUAGCUUGACCGACCAUUUCACAGGGGCCGGAAAGCCAGCCAGCACUGUACCGGGGACUGAAUGCUGGAUAUGACAUUACGUAGACAUUUGACUUCGUCUGUAACUUCUAAUAACUAGAACGUUUUAUUGCCGAAAGCUUUAGUAUCACGCAGUUAAGACCUUCAUGAUGUACCUCGUAGUGCUUCUAGUUUUAAUUGCCAAAAUAUUAUUAAUAACUCUUCUCCGAAUUUCGUGUGACCUCUAACUUACAAGCGGAAAUGGGUUGUAAACGAAUAUAUUGGAAACUUUCAGCAAAAAAUUGAUUCGCUGUGGUAAUCGCCUCUUGGCGAACCGCACGAUUUUCUUCACCUACCGUUGCCAAAGCGUUUGCUUCGGGAUAAAAUUCUAAAAUAUCAAAGCAUUUUAGGCCUUUCCUGGGAAAAACUGACACAAAGAACGAAGCAUGUCGCUGCCCACAGUAGAGAAGCGAGUUACCUCGAAACCGACCAAGCAUCGAUACGCAUCUGGAUCAUCGAUUCCCGUUCACUGCAAAUUUUUUUGUUGCGUGAUUUUUUCUAAUCUCAUAGUCUAUUUUAGGGCUAGUUGUAUAAACAGCAGGCUUCAUCAGUUGUCUGGCAUUUUCGCGAAUCUCGUGAAGAGGACGUACCUUUAUUUAAAUUAUGAACUUAAAAUGCUACCAAUGUCUAAAGGUUUUAGGGAGAGUGGAACAGGUAGAGAUGCUUACCUAGAAUAGACCUAUUUUACGUAAGCAAACCCUCCACCAAAGGCCAACAUAUGCAGAGAUAUAUAUAUAUGCAUUUUUGAAUUGGGACAGUAUAUCCGUAAGCUAUUUUGAGCGUUCAAAAUGUUAGCGAUAACACAUCAGGGCAGUGAAGAUACUGUCAGACAACAAAAGCCCAAUAAGAGCCUUUAGCUUGCUAUACUGAUUUGCUCUUUUCAAAUUUUCAGGACGGGAACACUGCCCUCCAUCUAGCCGCACAGGUCGGUUUCGUUGAAGGCGCGGAGGAAUUGCUACUACGUGGAGCGGACCCCGAAGCUAUCGACCUUUCUGGAUGUACCCCUCUGAUCCAGGCCUGUCAAAAGAAACAGGAAGCGGUAAUUCAGCUACUCAUCAAAUAUGGCUCUGACGUAAAUCACUUCUCGAGGGUGGGUACCCACAGGUCAAAUGGUUUGUGCUUAUUUGUCCUGUAGGAAACGUAAACUCUUUUUCCUUAUCAUCAGGUGACAUCUAGCACCAAAGGCUUUAGAGGUGUUAUGCAAAUAAAAUCGAAUCCACUGCUUACAGUAGGUGGAUUAACUCAUGAAAUGUCAACCGAAAUUCCGAAAUGCGUCUUCGUUUCGAAAAGAUUAAUUAAGUAGGGUUAUCAGACUAGCAUCGCGCAGCAUAAUUCUAGAAUGAUUUAGCUUCCUCAGGAUGACUCCUUUCGAACGAACUUCUUUCUGGCUGCAUGCAAAAAUCAAACUCUGUGACAAAUGACUACUCUAAUAGCAUGCAUUUUCUCGUUGAUUUUCGAUGCCCUCAAAAAGUCCAUUAUAUUUCAUGAAAAACAUGCAUAAAAUAUUCAGUCUCUUGCGUAUUCGGUAGGAAAUUACGUCUUUUUCCAAUUUUAUGCUGGAAGGAAGGGUAUAAUUCGGUUUUUAAAAACUUUUCCAAUUCCCGAAUAAUUUUGAACCCGAUCUGCCGUUACACCUGCAUUCAGGGUCUCCAAACUACAAGCCAUAUAUUACCCGCGUGCGGAAAUCCUUACAUUUCUCUACAGUAUGAAGAGGAGACCAUAUGAGGUUCAUAAAAUGUAGCAGUGGAUUUGAGGUGUAAUGUUAACUUUGCAAGCCACAUUGGUAAAUGCGGAGACAUGACGUUUUAUGAAGGGCCAUUUUACGGUAUUAAAAAAUCUCACAAUUAGAACCUUUUUUAAAACCGAAUUGUAUCCUUUCUUCGAAUAUCAGAUUGGAAGAAAACGUCAUUUUCUACUGAAUUAACAAAAAAUGAAUAUUUCUACACAUAUUUCGCAUGAAAUAUAAUUGAAUUUUUAAGUGCAUCGAAAAUCAGUGAGAAAUAUGCAUGCUACGUAAGUAGUCAUUUUUUACAGAGUAAAGUUUUUGCAUGCAGCCGUAAAGAACUUUGUUUAAAAGCCGGCAUUCUGAGAUAACUGAAUUAUCGUAGAAUUAUGUCGCGCAAUGAUUAGUUUUGCAACCCUACUUAGUUAAUCCUCUCCAAUCGAAGACCCAUUUCGGAAUUUCGAUUGACAUUUCAUAAGUAGGCCCAUCUACUGUAGUAGUGAUUGCUAAGGAAAUUAAAUUUUCUCUUUGGAAAUUCCCAACAUGUUGGUCUUUCACUCAUUUUGCCUGUUAGUUAUGGACCAAGUGAAAUUCACUAUAUGCCGGCCGUGUGAUCCCCUACCGCGCAAACUCUUUACUGGAUCGAUAAUGGACUCAGCAUAUGAACAGUGCAUUGUCUCAGACAGUGCAAAGUUUUCACUGUCUCCGUUCUCAAACUUUGCAAUCAACUGGCUGCUCCCUACAGUCCAUGCAACCAUGUAAGACUUAGAAGGGGAAGUCGACAUGCUAGCCGAUGACAGGAUCAUCGCAUUAUUACAGCAGGUGGUCCGCACCUUCCGUCGCUAAUUAGUUCUCGUGCUGUCGAGUCUGUUGCUUUUUAUCCGAUUUUUUUCGACCUACGCAUAGUCACCGUGACCGCUGUCUUUCUUGCAAAUCGCAGUGGAACCUUUUUCAAAACGAACAGCAAGUUCGACUCUCUGAAAUGCCAGACUAAAAGUACAUUUAAAUAGGGAGGCUCGAGAAAUUCCGGUGGUGAUGGUAUUCGAAUGAAUGCGAUAGUUAUUUAUUAUCUACUCGGAAACCCCUCCCGCUUGCAACACAGAAUACGAGACGAGGUUCAGAAAGUCUCUGGAAUCCUGACAAAAGUGUUAAAAAGCCUGAAAACGAACUACGUGAGUUUCGUGAAUUUUUGUCUGUGAACAACCAUGCCAUCGGCUGUUGAUGUAGCCUAACGACUGUCUUUCGGGGUAGCUGGCGUUCUAUCAUCUACAUACGUAAUACCACAACUUCCCACCGAAACUGACAACGUAAAUUUUCAUGUCAGAAGAGUGCGCUGAAGCUAGACUAUUAUUUUUUUAAGGUUUGAUGAUCUGUGGGCUCAGAAGCUGGGUCAGGACAGACGCAUUGGAAUUGUCAUUUGGUUGCCAUCACGUGCUAGUGCUACUCAAUCCAGGCCGGCGUUUGAUAUUUGAGUCCGAAUCAGAUGCGCAUGAAGCAAGUAAAAUGUACUCUCGCACGCGGUAGGGGUUGACUUUCGAUCCGAGGUCUGGGAGGCUAAGGCAAGAUGGACCUGCCCAUAUGCACCAACCGUGAUGGUAGACUAGAAGGCGCUAAUCUCAUUCGAUAUCAAAACAAUUUAAACACAACGAUUUUUAGCAAAUCUGUAGGAGUCUUACGAUGCUGGCUGUAGGACCAGAAAAAUGCUCUAUUACUUACAGCGUCACCAAGUCUCCGUGGAUAACAACCAGGCAUUAUUCAGUGUUGCCAACUUGUUCGAGUUUCCGGUUUUACAUAUGGACUAACUGAUAACUUAAUUCGUCCAUAAUUCUAAUCAUCAUCCUUUGUUUAAACAUGGGGCACCUUAAAAGACAAGUGCUAGCUAGAAAAUUGUAGAGAUAAGGGCAAUUUUUACAGGUAUACAGACAUGUUAAUCACCAGGCCUAUCGCUUUUAAGACUUACUACCUUUAUAUGCGCGUUCAUCAAUGUUCAGAUUAUUUCAUCCCUAGACCCAUAUGCGUACUAAGAAAUUGACUCUUCCAGCUUACUUUAUAAGUGAGCACUGCCUGAAAUCAUGUCGACAAGCAAAUGAAAACCUCGUCAGUAGCAGUUAAUUAGCUACGUAUUCAUAAUUAAUCCCCCCAGAGGGCCUACACACGGACCAAAGAAUGACUGAGGGUAAAAAAUAUAAAAUAUUCCCAUGGAAAUGAACCAGAAACUAUGAGGCUAUUCUUCCAGCGAAUGCGCAUUUUUAAGGCUUCUUUGGCUUUUCUGGCACCAAUAUGCAGUGUGCAUCAACUAGCAUUCCGAUUUCAGUAACUGCUGAUAUAAACGUCAGAAGCGACGGAUCGGUAUGUUUAACAGCCAAUAGAAGCGAAGAAGCGAGUCCCAGGAAGCAGUCGUGAAGAAGGAGACAUGAUCGCUGGGACGAGAGCUUUAUUCGCCCAGCGAUCGUGUCUCCUUCUUCAUACUUAACAGCAUCUACUUUUGCUUCGGCUCAAACUGAUAUGGCUUGUUUCUCACUGUAUAUGUGAUCCAAGUUUAAGUCGCCCUUUAACACAACUAUAUGACAGUCCGACCGUGGAUUUCGACGAUGUACACCGUAUGCUCCACGACAUAGCGCGAGCAAAGACGGCGGCUUGCGUGUGAAUUAGUUUCCAGUGGCAGUAGACUUGGGCUACAUCUAUCGCACUCUCUCCUCCUUAUGCACCUGGACCUGGUGUCGAAAUUGAGGCAAGAAGACCGGAUGCAGGAGAAGGUGCAGGUGGUUGGCGCGACCGAAGUCGCCCCCAGGCGUGCCACCACACCGGCUGCGAUUCUACGGGGUCGGAGUGCCAUAGACGCCUUAUUAAGGACCCAUUGAAGCCUGAUUCUCAGGCCACUGGUCUGCCACUCCACGUAAACACACACUAGGCUGACUGUGAAGUCCGAGUUAUCCCGUCAAAUGACAACCAUCCAAGCCACGACCUUUAGCGCACCGUGAAAGCUUCAAGCGCAUCAGAUUGUUCAUAGUGAGGAAAGUGCGCUGAGUCGUCGACCUACCUUCAUACUCAGAGGCACCAGUCAAUUGUCUGAUGCCGAAGUGGUUGCUGUGGCGGACAGAGCUAGAACGCUCGUCUGCGCGCUCCACAGGCACGCUCUAGUUCCCAAAACGAACACACCCGAAUUACACAGACAAGGGGAUAGAACGGUCAGAUCUUACAUGCAGCAAAGGAACUGCACGGAGAAAGGAGUCGAAAAGCACAUCUUCUACUUGCAUGAGAGGUGCCGGGGAUGUGGGAUUUUGGAAACGGAUAUGAAUAAUGAAUGUGCUGAUAGGAGAAGCGUGGUGAUGCGGUCAUGUCUGUGGUGAUUUAUUGCGGAUUUUCAUAAAGCUGCAUGUGACGUAGUAGGCCCAUGCAGUGAGGGAAUGUGCGUGGACAGUAUGGGUAGUUGAGGCGGGUGCGGUGGCUGUAUGCCGCUGCUCCUGACACUAGCUCGACAGUCUCUGUGGACGGGUCCGCAAGUGGCCGACCAGGUCGAUGCGUGAUGCACAUGUGUGGUGGCAGUGAUGGCAUGAUACGUUCGGGGCUGUAGAAUCGGCUGGGGCGGUGAGGCUGUUAGAUGUGGUCAUGAUGGGGGAUUGAGAGUCGUAAGUGCUGCAUUUGGGAGCGUUUCUUGGUAUUCCAUUGAUAUUUUGGCAGAUUUUGAAUAAUUCCUAUUGACCCAACUGUGAAAAACUCGGCGCCUCGGUGGGAUUCGAACCCACGCAGUAAGGGGAAGGCUUUAGCGCAGCCAACGCUCUAACCACCUGAGCUACGAGGCCCCGCCGGACGACACGAGUUUAGUCACAUUUGGGUCAAGUUACCCGCCCAACCUACUGCAACGUCUGGAAUCCACCAAAUCUGAUACAGUAAGUUGACUGCCCAAGCAGGAUUUCCUAAGUAAUUCACCUAGAAUCCACCAGAUGACUACCAGGCUCGCGUAAUUCAUUGAUAUUUUGGCAGAUUUUGAAUAAUCCCUAUUGACCCAACUGUGAAAAACUCGGCGCCUUGGUGGGAUUCGAACCCACGCAGUAAGGGAAGGCUUUAGCUUGACCCAAAUGUGACUAAAUUCGUGUCGUCCGGCGGGGCCUCGUAGCUGAGGUGGUUAGAGCGUUGGCUGCGCUAAAGCCUUCCCCUUAUUGCGUGGGUUCGAAUGCCACCGAGGCGCCGAGUUUUUCACAGUUGGGUCAAUAAGAAUUAUUCAAAAUCUGCCAAAAUAUCAAUGAAUUACGCGAGCCUGGUAGUCAUCUGGUGGAUUCUAGGUGAAUUACUUAGGAAAUCCUGCUUGGGCAGUCAACUUACUGUAUCAGAUUUGGUGGAUUCCAGACGUUGCAGUAGGUUGGGCGGGUAACUUGACCCAAAUGUGACUAAACUCGUGUCGUCCGGCGGGGCCUCGUAGCUCAGGUGGUUAGAGCGUUGGCUGCGCUAAAGCCUUCCCCUUACUGCGUGGGUUCGAAUCCCACCGAGGCGCCGAGUUUUUCACAGUUGGGUCAAUAGGAGUUUCUUGGUAUGCAUGGUGUGUUUGGGGUGUGAUGAGCUCCGCCUAUAGAAUAACAAUAGGCUUCGGAUAAAACCUACCUUAUACUUCACAGUCACUUCCCAGACAUAUUUAUGUGUUCUAUGCAAAACGGUGGGCGAGUGUGGCUUUCGUGUCAUUUGCGCGGGAGGAAAGAUGCUCAAGUGUUGGACAGAUUUUAGGUGACCAAUUAGGACACCUUGACGCAUAUAUAGGUUCAAUAAAGCAAAUAAACGUAAUUUUCUAGUCCAGAAACCAUGCUUGUCCUGUCACUAUUAUUGAAUUUUCAGAAUAUUCUUAUUUUGCGUUGAUUGGAUUAGAACUCUUUUGCGAGAGAUCGUCGUGAAUCAGCUCCUGGUCGCUAAAUUCAGCAACCCACUUCCGGUUCUGAUAGAGGAACACAACAGAAAAGAAGUCCCACAUAGUUAACCGACUCAUAAUGAUUUAGCUGCAUGAAGGUUUGACCUGGAUUGCCACACUCCGUCGUCUUUCGCUCUCAUUAUUAACGAGGCUGGUUUAUUUUUUUGAAAAACUGACGCACAUACAAAGUGCUAUUUAAUUACAACUUGAACAGCGCAUGUCUAGGUACUUUUCGGCUGACGCUUGAUACAACUGAGGCAGGUCUACAUUAGCCCUUGGACCUUGAACUAUGCCAUACGAACUAUGCAGAAUUUUCGAACCCACCGGUGCAAGUUCGUGAGGGUCUGUCAGAAUGUCAGGAUUAUCUUUAGAAUACUUAAAUUAGCAAUAACUGGCCCUAGAAUGGUCGUCUGGGGCAACAUUUCUUCCCCACGUGGGGCUGACAUAAAACAGCGGCGAAACAGGCUACUCCUAGGUGUUGAGUCUUCCGCGAUCAGUAGAGUCUCCCCGUCAAAGUGCUUUGCGCGAAUCUGCUGCGACUUUUCUCAGACAGGGUAUCAGUCAAAGAUCGGUGAGAAAUUUUUACACAUGCAGUUGGCCAUUCAGGAUGUCGAGAAUUCGACAAUGGCUGACGAGGAACUACUGGGGUUAGGCACUGACUUGCACACUGAUAAUUCUGCUAAUCAGUGUGGUGUGAAUAGAUCAGCAUUCUGCCUGCAUAUUAUAGGCAUACGGCGUAAUUAAACGGGGAACCUAAAAAAGAAGAAGUAGAACGGGGAUCGUGGGUUUGAACAGAUCAACUCUACAAGAUUUGACUUUGCUGGAGCAGAACGUUGCUUUGGGAAGUAGGGACGACUACAAGUGACUGAAAUCAUGGCAUAUUUAUUAAUGGUAUACGAAUCCAGCAAUCCAAUCCUCCCUCUCAGAGUAGAAACCCCUGACGGCGCGUAAAGUGAAGUCUGUGAUUAAAGAGUCUGAUGGAUGAGAUUACAUUUCGAAAUCUAACUGGUGAUUCUGUAAAAAAAAUCGCAUGUUCCGCGGUUUCCAGGAGCUUCUGCUGAUGAAAAGGCACGCCACUUAAUGGCAUUUCAGGAGAACUUGGUAUCUUUCUCGAUUGCCACAUUGUCUAGCCGUAAUUUCAAAGCCAUUCAUGUGCGAGUGGGGGUCCUUUCUCCGUGCGGUUCAUUUGCUGCAUGUGAGAUCUGACCGUUCUAUCCCCUUGUCUGUGUAAUUCGGGUGUGUUCGUUUGGGGGAUUAGUUCGUGCCUGUGGAGCGCGAAGACAGGCCCCCUAGCUCUGUCAGUCACUGUUCCCACUUCGGCAUCAGACAUUUUACAGUUGUAUCAAUAGUAGUGAAAAUGCGAUUCCCAAGUGACAUAUAAAAAGAAGAAGAGGCGUUCACCGGGAGGGGUUUAUUGGAGGUCGGACGUCUCGAGUAGUUGAUUUGUCUACCCAUCUUCAGAGACUGGAAAGUCCUGCGCACAGCUCCCCUUAUAUGGCGCACUUGGUUCAAUGUGUGAUCCGCCAAUACCGCCUGUUUGGCUGAAUCCAACUCGCUGCAAACGCGAAUGCACGAGCAUACUUUGGUCGUGUGAAGGUUGGACCCAAAGUCGGAGGUAGCAACCCAUGCCGCGCAAAUGGGACACAUCUGCAACUUUGACGCCGUUGAGAUUGUGGGUCGGGGCGGUGAUCAUACACCACGGCAAGUGCAAGAGGCCUGGAUGUCUGCCAACUGCUCUCUCAACCGCCACAUCAAUUUACCUCCCGCCUAUCCUGACUUUACGAACCUUCGUAACGAGGGGCAGUCUCGGCGCGGGACAAUCGGGGCCGUCAGUCAUAUCCGCGGCCGACGGGGGUGAUUCAGGUCACGGUAACGUGCGGGUUAAAUGCAACCACACAGGCGGCAUUGGCGGAUCACACAUUGAACAAAGUGCGCCAUAUAAGGGGAGCUGUGCGCAGGACUUUCCAGUCUCUGAAGAUGGGUAGACGAAUCAACUGCUCGAGACGUCGGACCUCCAAUAAACCCCGCCCGGUGAACGCCUCCUCUUAUUUUGAUUUUACAGUUGACUGGUGCCUGGGCGUAUGAAGACAGGUCGACAACUCAGCGCACUUUCCUCAUUAUAAGCAAUUUGACGUGCUUAAAUCUAUCACAGUGUGCUAAAAGCCGGGGUUACGGGGCCCAACGGGAGUCUUGAGUUUAAUCACCUACGUUGCAGUAGGCUGGAGGGUAAUUAGACCCCAAUUGCUAUUAAACUCCCGGGUCCCCAUGGACCCCAUGGAUCAGGUAAUUUGAGCGUAGGCUAUACUCAAGCCUUUCGCUUGCAGUCGUUCUUUCAAAUCCCACUGCGGUCGCCGAGUUUUUUACAAUUGGGUCAAAAUAAAUUAUUCAAAAUCUGCCAACUUACCCAAUAACCGCGCAUAUUGUUUCGAGCAUAAUGGACAAGUUCAGUUUCAGCAGCAGUACUCUCGUUAACUCUCCACCCCAGCUAGGAGUGUGGUAACUUUUGAGGAAACUAAGAAAACGUAGUAAACUAGAGAAGAAUUAAAAUAGCUAUUAACCCGUACUAUGAUUUAUCUUUUAGUUUGGUUAUGGUAAGACAAGGAAAAUUUUUUGGUCUUUCCACUUCAAGAACGUGACCUUUUACUGUCACCGCAAACGACUGAGUUUUCACCUGCGGCGACUUCAAGACUAUUUGCAUCGUAUUGGGAUUAGUUUACUCUUAGCGGCGUGAUAAGAUGCGAAAAUAAGAUCACAAUUUGAAGCUGCGACAAACCGGGGGAUAUUACUGAAAAAAAAACAGGAAACUGAAACGGCAACCUCUUGCAUAUUAGCUGUCUUCAACUGGGGAACGCCCCGAGAGAUGGCUUGAAGUUAGAUUUUUAGUCCAGUCAAUCACUGAGCCAGACGUCCUAUCACUUGAGUCAGGGGCACAUAUCCCCUAGGCAACGACUAAGGACAAUCACUGACAUGGGAGUGGUACACGUCACAGCUCCGUUUUGUUUGGAGCUUACGAUUAAAAACCGACGCAAAUGAUCCCCCAAUGACUGACAGUCGAUAGUCAAGAAACCAUAAAGACAAAGACGGGAGGCUCAAAUUGAUCUCUUUUGGCUUAUAUCCCAUCUUCAAUCGUCAUAGAGGCAAAACGAACUUUCCAGUUAUGGUCUUGCAAAAAAAGUUGAUGGAAUGUCUCAGAACGCAGUCAAUAAAAUGUUAUUUCUAAGCACAAUGACAUAGUUGCUAUUCGACCUUCAUAUACUUCGGGCUCAGACCUCAGGCGUGUAGACGGUGGUCGGAGUAUGACUGGUUUCUUACGGCUAGUAAGCCACAAAUGACCGUUGCAACGGCCUUGGCUAUGUCAAAAAUACUUCUGUAUUGCUCUGCUUGUUUCAGUUAUUGAGGCAUCUUCUAAACUGUGGUAUUCGUCUCCUUCGUUUAGGUACCUGAUUAUAUUCAGUAUCAGUAACAUUUCAAAGUAUUUUGUCUUUUAAAAAGUUUUAUGACGACCGACUGUCUUGAUGUCGUAGGCAGCGGGAAAGAAUUGGUUCUGCCUAGUAAGUGGACCAAAAUUGAGGUUAACGGUGUCCGCGAACGGAUGUUUCGGGACUUCUAUUAACCCGCAUCGACCACCUUACUGUUGAACUUCGGGCGUCCUCCGUGUGGAUGCGACGCAGUUGUAUGAGCUGACUCCUGUUAAAGCACUCUAAGACGGGCGUGCUUAACCCACAAUGACGUGCGUAGCCCCCCCCCCCUCCCCACCUCCGGAACAAACAUCCAAACUUGUUUUUAUGAAUCAUUCAAGUGCACAGUAGAAAAAAAAGAAUUAGUAACGCUCAACUCGACUGGAAAAAUAGGUCUUCCGGGAGCCAGAUGACAGAAAGGCGUCCAGUGACAGUGUUAAUUCCACGGAGACCGUGACAGUUUCCUACUCUCGCCUGCUAUUAUGUCUUUCCUCUUUUAUUUAAACAGGAGGGUUACACGGCCCUGCAUUACGCCAUCAUUAGCGGCCUCGACAGCUCGGUGUCCCUCCUCCUCUCCAAGGGCGCAGAUGCAAACGCAGUCGGUCGAAAUGGCUACAGGGCAGCCCACAUUGCUGCCGCGAGGGGACGCGUGUCUGCUCUACGCCUUUUGCUAAAUCAUGGAGCUGACUGCACUUCCCGAAAUUGGGUAGGUUAACUAUCAUUACUUCAUAUUUCUGAUGUCCGCAACGCCAGAUAGCACGGUACUGUGGGGUUCGUCAGCGUGAUAACAGUGCUGGAAAUACCUAACUUAGGUGACCCAGGAAAUUGAUCGGAUAGUACGCGCGGCAGCUUAAACCUGUGGCUAUUCCCCACCCAUUUACCACAAUCAAGACCUCUUAAGGUAACUCUUAUGAAGUCAGGCUCGGAGUCGAUGUCCCUCCUACUCUGUUCUACAAUGGUAAGGAGUGUAAUGAAGUCGACAAUGGAGUGCGCCAGUCAUCGACAUAUUACUUUCUGCGAUUUGUACCAAACUUUGUAAGCAGCACUCGCCGAUAUUCAUUGAUUUAGGAGAUGAACGCAGUUGUCCUGCUUUGUUCAGAGAACAAUGUUCAGAUACGUUUACAGGAUGAUUUUAGAAAAAUGGGGCUAAAAGCACUUUUAGCUGGGAAAGUCAGUCGGAGGUCAUUCCAGGCAACCUAUUCCCGUCAAUAGAUUGGUUUCAACAGAUCAACUAAUAUAGAAUAUUUUUAUAAAUAGUAAGACGCAUGCUGAUGAUGCUUCGGACAGUCGGUGCAGUGUAUAGUUGAAGAAAACUAGAGCGAUUGGUAUGGCAGACUGUCAGAAAAAAGAUCGAGAAUAUUUAUUGUAGAACGGAGUCGAGAUAUCAGCUGCCCAUCUCACACAAGCGGUCUCGUUUUUUAGCUAUCUCGUCCACGCUCGGCGACCGUAGAAACUAAUCGAUAUUCGCUUCCGACGUUCAGAGCGAGAAAGAGAGAGCUUAUUCAGUCUCCAAGACUAUUUCGCUUACAAGUGUCGAUGACUGGUAAACGCACAGACACCUGAGAUUUUCUUCAUAACUAUUAUUAUUAUUAUUAUUAUUAUUAUUAUUUCAUGGGAUGCCAAUUUGCUGAUAUUAUCAAAAUGCAAGCGUUACGGUCGAAUCUUCCUGAAGAUCCAAGGAAGCAUAAAAGUCCCAAGACGAGGCCAGAUAAUCGAUGAAAAAGAAUUGAUUUACACAUUUUUGUCGCAUUAGUAGAGAUAUUUCGUAGACAUGGCUGUCCGUUGCGUACAAACCCACUAUAUAAUCCAGCCCAAAAUCACACAACUUAAAAGGGACACUUUUGUUAAUAGGAAAUGUCCAAGGAUGGUGGAGGUGUUCGCUCUUCUCCUACUUCGACCUCACCGUGUUGACUGUAUACAUAACAGCAAGGCUAUAUGCAGACACGUUAAUGUCAUGGAAGCAGAUGAAGAGCAGAAAAUAUGUGGACUUCCAUGCGUACUCAUUAAAGUCUCCGACGCCGGAGGUGUUCCUUUUUGGAAGAAUCCCCUGACAACUGAAUUCAUAGGGUUUUAACUGGAAAUGAAAUCAUUGAAACAUUUCUCUGUAACGAGUUGUUCAUGGAGGGGACAGAAGUCUUGUUUCUCAUUCUGUUUAGUCUUGGGAUCAAGUAACUGCAGUUCACUUAAUACCCACAUAUUUGUUCACCUUUGAUUUAGCCCACUGCUUCCCCUUGGUCCGCUGUCAAUGCUUUUCCCAACUCCUUGUUUUCUUGUAGCUUGGGUACACUCCACUCCAUCUCUCCGCUGCCAGAGGAUAUGAGGGCACGACGAAGCUCCUACUCGACACCAUUGGAGACGUAAACUGCCGGGAUUACGUGGGAUCAACACCUCUGCUCCUCGCUUGUCAGCAUAACAAGGAGAAAGUGGCAAAACUACUGUUGGAACACGGAGCGCAGAUCGAAUUGACAAACAAGGUACUCUAGUCACGACCGACAAUGAGGGAAACUAGUGCGGGGUCCAGAACAGUUUCACGUAGUCUCUGCUCAGACAUGAUUCGGCUUACAGGCUAUUCGCCUCGUGUCAACUUUGGUGGACAGGAGUUUGCUGUCGAUUCGACAUCGCUAUUGUUCGACAGGGGCACCUGGUGUAAAUUGCGAAACAAAAGAAUGCAUUAGAUAGGGGUUGGUGUCAGGGAGACGCCGCAAAUUUGAUUCCAUCCCAGUGUAUCGAUUGUCAUAGAGGCAGCUUUGAUAAGGUGCACUACACAGGCGAUGAGGACGUUUAAAUUCGAGAGGCAAGUCUCUUAACUAAAAGAUGACAGGGAAUAGACGUUCGUGACAAUGAUCGAGCCGAGUGGGAUUUAUCGGAAAAAUUAGCACACUCGAGGAUAUGUAGCAGAAAAGAGGAUGGAGGAUCAAGUACUUCCCUCGUUCAGAAGAGAAUGCGACCCAUCAUCAGAGGCAGUCUGCGACUCACCUAUUCGCUUCCAUCAGUUCCCCGUUUUCCACAUGUGCUGACUUAUGCAAUUUGACCAAACAUCCAGGACCAAUGCUCACGUUUGCCAAUAUAAGCCUCAGUCUACACCAACGCAAGUAAAUUAUUAGAACAAAGCAUUAUAAAAGGUUGUAUCAAACCCCGUUCCUUUCAAUUCGAAUGCAAAAUAAACCUGGCGGUAAAUAAUCGGUGAGCGAAACAAAUUCCCAGGACAUCGUUAGGUAAAAAUGAGAAAUGUUAAUUAAGGGGCUUGUGUUUAGUGCGAUAUUUGAAUGACAGUGGGAGGCAGAGGCUGAAACUGACGUCAUUUGCGUAAAUGCAUAUCCCAGCUUUUGUGGUAGGCCAAUGGCAGCCAAUCACGCCGAUAUAAGGUCAGUGGCAUCGUGCAAAAUGACCUGCGAUUAUUGUGGGUUUCGGCUUAGCCUGCGUCUUGCUGGAUUCGGCCGCCCUGGAGACCUCAGCGAAUUUUCACACACACUUUUUUUCUCGUUUUGUAACGCAAAUUGCGAGUAAAAUUGGUCCUCGGGUAGAGCAAUUGAUGAAUGCACGCACACGGCAAGUACAACCGGAUUUCUUAGCUCAUAAAACAAUCAGACAUGCGGAUGCUCGUGUGAAUUUUUUGCUAGUAGAUCUAGAAGGAACUCAAACAGUUAGAGCCGUCUCGCAGUGAGCACUGAAGCGCACGAGAACUUGUACACGCGUGUGAGGUUGGGUAAGGGGGGGAGGGAUACGGUGGCAUAAAAAUGCAUGAUUGAGGAACGUGAGAAAUGGAGGACAUUUACAAGUCGCAUGAUUAUUUAUAACUUGCUGCCACUACUAAUAAUACUGACUACACUACUAACGUUGCAAAUAUUGCAAACAAAAAUAUUACCAAUACUAAUGCUACUAACGCUACAGGUAACACUAUCGCCACAAAAAACAAUCAACUUAUAGUGAAAAUACUGCGAAUGUCACCAUAAUUAUUGACACUGCUGCCAUGGUGCGACUAGUACCAUUAGCGUUAAAGGGAUGUCGACCAAAAAAUCACAAGGGAAGUGCCACACUUGCUUUCAAUUUUUUCUAUGGUUAAUUGAAGUAUGUUAUUGUUUUCAUGUUUAGAUCGCAGUUGGUAGCCAGGAAUGGGGAAGCGGACGACAACCUUAACCCUUAUCCUAACCUUUACCCUAGCCUUGCCCUCAACCCUAAACGUUAACUACUAACCUUAUCGGUAACCCUAACCCUAACUGAAAAAGUAAACGGAACCGUAGUCCUUAGACAUAGCCGUAACUGCAAAACCUAACCGUAAUACUGAAACCUAAUCGUACGCUCAAACCCUAACCAUAGCCAGAAAACUUAAGCCUAAAGUAUAACCAGAACCCAAAAAUCGGAAACCAUUAAGCGGUACCCUAAUUUUAACCUCAAACGUAAACCAGAAGCCAAAUGGGUCAUAUGUGAUUAUGGAACCCCAAAAAAUAGUCCCAGUAGACAAUCCCCCCCGCCACCCGUAAUACGGGGCCUGGCUACCAACUGCGAUCUAGCCGUUUUCAUACGUGAUGACUGCAUGAUAUUGCAAAAGAUUAUUCCUUGGCAAACCUUCUGUUUCAAAGGCGAUAUAUAAAUUAUUUUUCGAAUCAAUCUGUUGUUUAUUGUUUCUUUGCACACAACUUGCGUAGAUGGCCGUAUCGACGAGAAACAGGAGCAGGUUUAUUGUCCCCCUUCAGCCCGAAGACUUCGAAGCAUGAACCUCGAUCCAUUUACAGAGUCAUACAUUUUCUCUGCAUGAAAUUGCAUGUGCUUUUUUGCUGUUAUCUUCGGACAUCUUGAGACAGACGAGUUCUCACGUGGAUAGAACCGUGAGAACGAUGGAAGCCGAAAAAGGCGCUCGUUGAGUAUUGAUUUCGCUAAGUAGCUAAUCCAGAGAUUUUGGCAAGUCUCAUGUACCUUCAAGUCGAAACGCAAAGUAAUUUACUCUUAAAAAAUUAACAGGACGGAAUGUUUCGCCUCAAGGGAGAGCAGUUCAUUUUGCGUCAGAGUACAAGCGCAGGCGGAAGUAUGCACUUCUCAUUCAGCCAGUCCUCGAAUGAGGACAGUAAGCGAACUGGGGAAAUGCACGUCUCACAUUUUCGAUGGCCUUAUAAAUGCAGGUCCGUGCAGUUGGGCGGCUUAUCAAACUUCAGGUUUUUCGGAGAACGUCAGAUAGUUCAGCCCAGAACCAAGCUGAUAAGUUCCGCGGUUCAGACGUCCAUUGUCUUCGAAUCACAAGUGUAUUAUACCAAGGGGUCAUAAUACAUGAUUGAUUCCCGCUCCAGACGCGCUGACCGAGACCCGAAAACUCAAGGAUUUUAUUGAGAAUUCGAUAAAGUGCACGAUGAGCAGAAAAAAUAACCGUGACUGGCCACGACCUUCAAUUCCCUCCGCCAAUACGGCUUGGGAAUGUUUACCCUAGUGCCAAAUAACAAACUGAAAAUCUGUGGCCUCUGCGAGGCACUGGAAGGGUCGUUCUCUGGUCAGGUUAUGGAAUAUACUCGUCUCGUUGGGCUUCGGUUGUCGCACGGCGAUUAAUAAUGGUGCAGAGGGAGUGCCGAGAGAAAUUUCGAAGACUUAAAUGGGCAUUUACGACUUGUUAGUCCUCGUCAGCCAAUCAUAUUCCAGCCUCGGGAGUGGAACCCGAAUUCUUUGAGAAGUCAGCAUUAACUCUACCGGGUUAGUCAAAAUUGGGUUUGAUUUAUAGCUAUCUGUUGACGCCUGAUAGGCUGGAAAUAGCCAUUCCAUCCCCUCCCACCUCCAACCGUACUUUUUUUCUUAUGACAAGCACCACAACUUGUCUCCUCCGCAAAAUUUCCUGCAGAAAUUUUGAAUGCGUAAGUGACUAUGUCCUGUAUGGCUUUCAAGUUUUUUACUAGGUUUUUUGUAUUUUAAGCUGUAUUUGGUUGAAAAACACAGCUUCGGCCAUUUCAACUGUACACCGAUAUAUUUCCUACUUUUGCUAAUGUCUCCAGCACGGAAAAACGGCUCUACAGGCGGCGACAGCCAAUGGCUCAAUCAACCUCGUCCAGCUUCUGCUCCAACACGGUGCAAAUGUGGACAGGGCCGAUAACUACGGCACCACACCCUUGCAUAUCGCCAGUAAACUCCAAAACGACGAGCUUACUUACCUGCUACUGAAUUUUGGUGCUUCCGUGUACACUAAACAGGAGGUAGGUGUUUAGCUAAUUUCUGCAUGAAAUUUAAACUAUGUAAUUUCCUAUUUCAUAAGAAGUAAGGUAUCCAGUAAAAUUAGUUCACUAUCAAAACUUAAAUUUUAGGCGUUUGCACUAGAAAAGUCAGUAGGAGCCUAUUCCUUUUGAAUUACGCUCUAAGCGAAGACAAAGCAUUAGGAAGCAUAGGCUGAUUAAGUAGUUUUCAAAAUCGAUGUACCCGUGCUGGUAAGUUUCAUGGAGGUAUAUGAAGCUUAUAGUAAUUAAGAGACUCCAAUUAGACAAAAGGUUAAAUUACUAGAAAUCUCCACUUAAGUGAUCGACGUCCGGUGUGUAGGAAACCAUAUGCUGCCUAGCCCCAUAUUUACAGUGUGUGACCGAUCUCAUGAAAUGUUGGCCGGAAUUCUGAACUGCGUUUUCGAUUGAGAAGAAUUACUUAGGCAAGUUGUAACAUUGAUUAGAAUGCAGCAUAAUCCUAUACUAUUUCAGACUUACCGGGAUGUCGGCUUUUGAAUGCACUUCUCUCCGACCUCCUGUAGAAACCGCACUCGGUAAAAAUGAGAACUUAUGUGGCAUGCACGUCUCACAUUUUCGAUGGUCUUAUAAAUGCAAGUAUAUUUUAUGAAAAACAUAUGCAAAAAUAUGCUUUUGUUUACUCCUUUGGUAGAGAAUUAUGUCGUUUUCACAUGGUAUACACGAAAAAAGGGUAUCUUUCGGUUUUAAAAAAAGUUUUUAGUUAGUUUAUGAGAUCUUGCAAUGUCCAUUCAUACAGCAUCGUUCCUGUCUGUUUACCGAUGCCCCUCACGAAAUGUUCAACAUAGUCCGCAUCCACUGCAAAAUUUUAUAAAUCUCAUAUAGCAUCUUCUUAAAAAAUGAAGCAAUACAUGAUUUUCCUUAUGCGGAAAACAUGCACCCUUUGGACUGAAAUCGCUAAACGCUAAUACAGCGGCUAGUUAGGUUCACAAUCAUUCGGGAGUUAGAAAACUUUUUCAAAACCUAAACAUACCCAUUCUUCUAGUAUAAAAUAUGAAGAUAGUGUGAUUUUCUACAAAAGGAGUAAAGGAAAGCAUAUUUUUAUGCAUUGUUUUCUAUAUAAUAUAUUUGAAUUCGUAAGACCAUCGGAAAUCAAUGCGUAAGAUGCAUACUAACUAAGCAACCAUUUCUUACCCAGUGCGAUCUUUACAGGAGGUCGGAGAGAGGUGUAUUCAAAAGUCGACACACUGGCGAGUCCGAAGUAUCAUGGGAUUAUGCCGCACGAUAAUCAAUACCGCAACCCCACCUAGGUAAUCCUUCCUAAUCGAAAACGUAUUUCAGAAUUUCGGCUAACAUUUUAUGAGAUCGGUCACUCACUGUACUUGUGCAUUUUGGCAGACAGUGAUACGCGAAUGCUUCAAAAAAAAACACCGAAAUAUGAGUAAAUGAAUUAAAAGGUCUCUGACAGAGAUGGUUCAUAGAUGUUUGGUCAACGGUUCUUUUGCGCUCUUUGGAGUGUCAUCACAAGUUUUUUCCGGAAAUUGGAAGACGAGGUGGCACUGGAAACAUACAUUAAAGAGUGCCAUUAUGCCUCCUUUAAGAGCUCUUUAAGCACACCGCUACGGCUCUUGAAGUUCAGCCGACAAUUCCCUUGAGAAAAUGACAAUACAAAUUUCACAGGCUUUUAGCCGAAGAAUCUCGAGAGACUCAUUCAUUCACGCUCAAAUGAUGGGGAGGUCCUAGGACCAUACAAAGUAUGAUGAACACGAUAGUUUUUUGGUUCUUGUUAUGCUUAAACACUUUUAUGUCGCAGCUUCCAAAGUCCUCAGUGGUCUUGGAAAUCACACGGCACGAUUUUUUCAGGAGUAAAAAACCUGAAAACUGCUCUCAGUGUAACCUCAAGAGUCCUCGAGGACUGAUAAGUCUAUGAAAUAAAAUUUUAACACGGACAUGCUUAGGACAAACGCUGAAAUUAGGGUUGAGAUGAGAGAAAACACGUGUGUGCCCGCUUCGUUCCUAUCAAUGGAGUUUGGAGUAGGCGGGAUAACGAAGUAUGGCGGGGGUACCAGGAAGUGAUGUUGUUUUUUGUGAUCUUAAUUUAAAUCUUAUUAUCUAACUGUUUAUGACUGUUUCAUCUGAACAUCGAUUGCUAGUCAUUUGGGUCUUGCUUCUUUUAGAUCUUGAUGUAAAUUUUGUUUUCUAGAUUGUGCCUAACAAAAUUGGCGGCUUAAACUCUGAAGGCAAUUAUGUUUGGCUUUGUAUACUGCAUAAAUUUCGUAAGGGAAACAGCGCUAAGACAGCUAUCAAAAUCAUUUGUGCUGUUUAUCCGUAUGCUUUGGACGUCCUCAAGGGCCGGUGUUAGUUCGUGAAAUACCGAACAGGCGAUUCUGCCCUCUCCGAUGCCCAUCGUUUAUGAAGACGAGUGAAGCUGGAUACUGACAUUUUGCGCGCAACCUUUGAGACAGACCCUCGUCAAACCAUCGACGAAUUAUCCGAAAAGCUAAAUUCGUCACUAUUUACUGUUCAGGAGUGCCUUUAAAAGAUAAGCAAAGUCAGUAGAUAAGGAGUUCGAGUCCUGCGCUGAUUGUCGAUAAAAAACGAAACCCGGUGUUCCAUGGUCUGUCACUUUUUACUAAACAGACACGAGGGGAAACCAUAUUCCUCAGUGGUAUGUUGACAGUUCUGUGUGGAAUAGAAGACAGGCGGGAGAGCAGAGGACUGCGACAGUCACUCUGUGCAUAUCAACUCCUAAUCCCUCUGUCCGUGGCUUCAUACCUAAGGCCUCCGCCUUUGUCUGGUCUGCGUGCUCCUAUUGGUCCAGCCCUGAGCGCCCGCGUGGGCGGACCCCCGCGUGCCGUCGGCCACUGCAGGUCGCGCGUUCCUCGGCGGCGCGCGAAUCGCUGGCUCGUACGUGGGCUGGCGAGGCGAGACUGAUCUGCUGGUUUGCGGUUAGGGAUGACGGCCGGGCGACAGGAAUGGUGCGUCGUAUUCUGGGCCGUCCUAACAGAUGAGGAAUGAAUUCGUUGCGUUAACAACAAGCGUAAACACAAAUGGCGGUUGGAUGUGGUUUGGUAGCCCCACAUGAAGUAGGCAAAUCCCAGCCACCGGUGGUAAUAGGGUUUUUUUACAGGUGGGGCCGGGAACGCACAGGCGACGAGGUCAAGUAAUUUUAUGCCAAAGAAAAACUACUUGGAAUGUGCGCUUUCACUUUGAAUGGGCGAGAAAUAGUUGCGCUAGCCCCCAGCCCUAACCCCUAUCCUGACCUCUAACCACAACCCCUAAUCAUAGCCCCUAACCCUAACUCUUAACCCCAACCCCAAGGGUGUUGUGUCCAUCUGGUGGGGCUACCAAACCAACUCUAACCCAAAUGGCUUUCUUCAGGUCAGACACCAGCAUCUUCGCCGAAAUCAGGCCCAUACCCUAAGAAAAUGGGAGCCUGUUAGGCAAGCAUCACUUUGUGCCAUUGGAAUAAGAUCAGGCCGUAUCAGCAGACAUCUAGUGUCGACAAUUAGAAGGUCUGAACAAAGCUCUUGGCGUUAAACAUCCAGGGCUAGUCAAUAGAAUGGGCGUACUUUUGCUGCAUGGCAAAGAGAGACCGUAUUUGGCACGAAAAACCCAUAACAAGAUCCGACAUUGAGGAUGGGAGCAUUUAUCUCAUUCCGCCUUUUCACUACUUGUUCAGACCUAUGUAACACUUUGGACGGAAAAACUUUUCAAAGUAACUGCGAUUCGAAACUCAGCAUUUGAAGUUCUCAGCAUCAAAUUAAACUUCUUCUUGCAAAAAGGGUGUUAAAAACUUUGUUCCAAGACCAGAAACUGUGACUGACAACGGUGAUGAUAACAUAAUGAACUAAAAGAGGAAGCGUUUUCCGGUAAACACUAUUCAUACCAUUUAUUUAAAGACGGCAUUGUUUUCUGGUAUCUCAAAUAUUUACUAUUCUGAGCAAACAUGCAGGCCGACGAUUUCGAUGUGUUCCUACUUUCGACAAGGUUGUCUUCCAGACCACUGCGGUGAAAACAGUGUUUUGGAGCACCUAUCCUUUUUACGUAUCCAGACUUACGAUUGAAGCUAGAUUAUGCAGUAGCAAAAGCAUCUAAGCGCCAAUGUGUACAGCGGGCAUACAACCAUCCGUUGAUCGAGGUGAUAGUCUCAAUAUUUUGACGAAUAGCGGAUUCCAUCAUAGCUGUCCGAAAUUAGAUGGCGACCGGAUACCACAUUCAUCGCUUACUUAAUCCUGGCUACCCCUGUCAGGUCAUAAAGAGUCGGAUAAAUCUAGCCGCUUUCUUCUCACAGAAUAGUCAUUUGCAUAAAAUACCCCUGGUCCUCCUUUAGACACUGGUAGGGCAGCUCAGGUGAUCUGACCCCUCUGUCGACAACGGUGUAGAGAAGGAUCCCACUGAACUGUGUAUUGUGUCAUGCGUGAUUGGUGAUAAGAGGAGUUUUACGGGUGGGGCUGCACACUAAACAGUAAGCUGACGAAAUGCAGAAAAACACAGAAAUUGUUUGGAGUUCUCCUAAAAGACUCAUCGUACGCUUUCGUAUAACAACGGAAUUGAGCACCGUAAUUAAAAAUAAACAAAAAGCAAAUUUCGAAAAAUAAAUGACUUUGAGUGAUGGCUUAAAGUCAUGGCAAGAGAUUGUUAUUGACAGUGUAAUGUCUGCAAAGGCCUGCGAAUGGACGCCAAGAUAACAGCCCAUAUGACGUGAUCCACAGUCUGCCGUCAGUUAAGUGGGGUCCUUCUCCAUACCGUUGCCCCUCGUCAAACAGCAAGUAUUAUUUUUGGCGAGAUAGAAACCCCGCAACUUGGAUACAAACUUAAACGGCAAUAAUCAGCUAACCAUAUGUCAGCCUUUGUUUUGUAUAUUCAUACUAGACGUUUGAAAACGAAGGAUGGGUUCACCAAGGACUUCGAGAUAAUCGACUAACUGAAUAAUUACGGCCCUUUUUCUCCAGAGAUCCGCGUUGCUGUAAACUCAAAUGCAUAGACGUCAGGCCUCAUGACCCAUAACUUUGGUGCGAAUCAAAACCUAAGGCUUCCAAACUGCGAAUAUACAGUCGAAACAGUAUAUGUCCUAUGUGAGGUAUCUAUUUAUUUCAAUUUCAGCGUGGUAGAACACCCUAUGAGAUGUACGUUAGCAGUGGUCGUGGUUACUUCCUCUCCCCAUCGCCCGUCUACAAUCAAUCACCAACAUUCAGUAAUGGUUACCUCAGUCCUGCUUCGGCUGCGUCCUCGCCACAGCCAUACACGAGCUCCGACGUGAUGGCGCGUCUGCGAUCCAACUCUGCCUCCCGUAGUCUCUCGCGGUGCAAUCAACUCCUUUUCCGCCGCAAGCGCGAGCUGUCAGGACCUAAUUUCCUGCGUGACGCUGGUUCACACCCCUCUGUGCCCCCCUAUACCUCCCCCUCCAGUGGCAACAGCGUCAAUUCUCUGCCACCGACAUGGCAGCCACAGCGUCAACACACCGGAUCUCACUCCCCAAGGAAGGCCUCACCGCCACAAAGGCCGAACUGCCUUCCUCCACAAAAAAUCCCCGGCCGGCGUCUACGCCCGGACAUCUUUCAACGGUUCGGAGUGGACCACUUCAGCGACCUGGAUGGCAGUGGGAUUAACGACACCGCCAGCCUCUCCCAGACGCAGCCGCCACUGUCUCUGUGCGAAGAAAUGAAGCAGACUGAAGCAGUCAACGAGAUCCUGCAACAACACUCUCAUCCACUGCAGACAUCUCAACCCAAGUACAUCAAAGAGAUUGUCACUCGAAGUGGAGUGCAUGUGUUUUAUGAACAGGGCUCGCUCAGAGGAUCCGCCCUACCGGUAGGUUUCUUUCCAAGCGUUCGCAAUAGCUACACAGAAAUAGCUGGGGGAGGUAUAGGCUAUGGGGUAAAAUGAUCAUGAGAAAAAAGACCCCUAUGAAACGUGACGUAGGACUUCUUAGUAAAGCUGGUCUUCAGAUGCUGUAUAAAAAUGAGGUCAGGGCUGCUUAAUAUAACUUGUUUUGGCAACGGUAGGUUGUGUAACCCCACAUCUCAACUAAAUUUAACUGUCUUAUUAUUGUUUAUGGGGUGGACUAUGCACAAGUAUUCUGAAAAAAAUAAAUAAGUCAGGCGUACGCGUUCGACAACGGAAACCUUUCAGAGAUAUCGAGGAAGCAGAGCGUUUGUGUUCCAACCGAGGCAAAGUAAACCAAAACGCAGCCAGCGAUCCUUGCAGCACGCAUAGUACAAUGAGUACUGACAUGGAACAAAAAGGUUUAACUACUCUUCUGGAAGAAAUAAGUAAGUAAGUCACGGCAUACGGAAUCGACAACGAAAGGCGACACAAGUAUAUUGGGCUAACUAGGAAGUCAAGGCAAGAGAGAGGGACUACGGGAAGGGGUGGCGAGAACAUCAUGCCAAGUAAUUUAUCACUAAAAAAUUCAAACUGAAACAACUCGGUGCAUGCGGUUAUAUCAAAGUGCUAGAUAACACAAAAGUGGACUUCCUCUAGCUAUGGAUCAAUAAACAAAACAAAGUCUAUACUUGCUAACCCCAGUGGGGUUACAUAACCUGUCCUUACUCCCGCUGCGAAAUUCGGUCUGGGCACUCGAGGCUGUUUUUUUGUGGUGGGACGUGGGUGCAACGGGUGCGACUUUUCCUACCUUCAAAGCAUGCUUACAGAACGAUGCCAGACCUAGAUGCAAAACUAUGCAGGACUCGCCUCUUUGACUGACUUCGCGUAGUCUGCUUUUACUGCAAUCUAGCGGACUUUUUGCGGUCAGAUUUCAAGGGCUGGUGUUUUAAUAGCACCCACCAUAUUACUUAUAAACUGAUUAGACCUGCAGUAUGCUGAGGUACGCUGUUAGCAGUGGACACGGUAAAUGCAGGAUGCUGUAGAUUCUCGUUUAUCCAGAAGAAGACUUCUGUUUGUACUUGAUUUCGCUUGUUUGCAUUGCUAAGGUCUCUCGACAGGGUUGGUUUGUGAAACUCAUUUCUUGUGCUUUUUGCAAGAAAUGCUGUUUCCCUAAGAACCUAUGGAGGCCAUUUGAAUUAAUGUCAAGAACAUAAAUGUGGGAAGGGGUCAUUCCCCCGAGCCUGAAGUUUGCAGGUAAAGCAGGCCACACGGAGUUCAAAAUGUCGGAUAAAUAAACUCAGAGAUCCAACACGCAAAUCCAUAUUCCACGUCUCCAUUUGAAGCAGGAAUUAUAAAAAACACCCUAAAAUUCCUGCUAGAUAAAUUGGCAUUUUGAAGACAAUUAGGAUCAGCCAGUGAACACCUGACAAUCGAAAACAUAUUUGGUGAGGUUUCAUCGUUUUUACGAUUUUGAGACACUCGUUCCACUUUUUACUCCGAAUUUUAUAACUAGAGUGCCAUUUUACGUGAAAGGAAUAGGCCGAACACAUUGGACUGAAACCUGAUCCAUUCUACAGUAGCGGUAAUUUCGUUAACAUGUGCUUUGAGUAGUAGAUGAGGUGUGAGCUAACCAAGUAAUCAGAAGACAGCACCAGUCCUCUCAACGCAAACUAUGGGAAAUGACGAGCAGACAAAGCCGGAAAAUGUGUGUCCUCCUGCGGAUUCGAACCAUCGACACUCCGAUUUCACCCCGGUUGUUCUGCUAUCAAGUCACCGUUGACGCAUUUCCUGACUGUGCUAAUUAUCACUAUUCCCCAUCUCUGACUCAGUUAAGUAGACUAGUGUAUUAGUGCACUGAAUCAUUCUAUGGGAACGUUCGCAACUCUAGUGCACAGUAGAUGAAGUGACUCAUGGAACAUUGACCGGAACUUAGAAAGUUUAUUUCGAUUAGAAAAGGUAGUUUAGUUCGUUGUACUGCAAUACUGAUUGUCAUACGGCUCAAUUCAAAGUUAUUUCAGUCAUGCUAGCAUCCCAUCGUUUAGAUUCGCACCUUUCUAUCAGCUGGGAAGGUCGUACUCACUAUUAAAGAAAUGCGAUUUAGUUGAUAUUCAGGGCGUUUAAAAAUCUAAGCAUGCUUUAUAGAUAGCACGCAAAACCAUACUUUUUGUACUGAUUUUAUAGCAAAUAACGUUUUUUUCGAAGGUGUACUUGAAGAAAGGGUAUGCUUUGGCUUGGCAGAUUAAGCCAUCUUGAGACCAUGAAUAUACGACAGAGUCCAUAUAUAUUACGAAGCUUUAGGAAUGCUUUAUGGUACCUUCUUAAUAGCACAGAAAAAUAGUGAUUUUCCUGACAUGGAAGAUGCACAGCAUGUAGCUCAGAAAACCUAACCAAAGGCGCAACGGCGUGUCUGAUUUGAAAGUAUUUCGGAGACAAACCUUAAGAACUGAAGAUACACUUUCAUCGUGUAAAACUUUGAGGAAGACGUAAUUUACUACAAAAUGGGCAUGAAAAUGCUCGUUUUUUGCGUCAGUCUUCUGUGAACUUUCGCUAAAUCUACAAAGCAUCGAAAGUCAACCGAAGAAUUCGCACUUAUUAAGUGAUCACUUUAGCUGGUGUGAUUUCAGUGGCCGAAAAACGAGCAUCAAAUGCUGACAUCGUGACAUGACCGAAACAACUUGGAAUUGUGUUGAACGAUAAUCAAUAUUGCAGCCCUACCUAAGCGAUCCUUUCUAACCAAGAUCAUAUUUCAGAAUUUCAGCUCAUGUUUCGUGAGGAACGUCGCCUACUGUGUUUCGAGUUAUAUUUUCCUCUGGGAAAAGAAGUGGCUGUAGCUAAGCGGCAGAGAGAAUCCGGCGUGAGUUAGAAGGGCCGGAAGUUAACUCCGUCCGUCAACGGGUUUUUUUGAUUUUACGUUUUUCAAAAUUUUCCACAGUUUACAAUAAGAAAAUAAUUUUUCUUUUAACAAUGGAUUUAAGAAGGCUUUGUAUAUUCAAGUAAACAACGUGUUUGUCUUUCCUAACCACGUAGCUCUCUUUAUUCAUCUAGGAAUCACGUAAGGAAACGUGUUGGCGUACCCUAGAACACCUAAUUAGGGAUACCUUCUAUGACUAACAUAAAUUUAUAUACAUAUAGGUCUUUUGGGAAAAUGAGGUUUAUUGCGUAAAUUUUCGAUGCCGGUUCCUCAUGACGUUGUCGUCAAAGUGCACGGAGAGCAAACUUACCAAAAACAGUUAAAAUCUUGAAUGCACUUAAAAAUCGAUAAGCGGCCACAGCGUGUCAGUCCGUCCUGAUUAGUUCUCGUCUCCUCUCUACUUUCUCAAAGAUUCCUGCACGAUUUAUCUGAGUGCAUGACCUCGAGGAACUCUUGCCGUUUUUGAAAGAGGAGGCAGAGACAAUGCGUCUCAUGUCCAAAUCUUCAGUUAGGAUCCUAUGUCAUGAACUCCAGGCAAUUUUGGUUAUUUCCUUCAAUUUGUCUAUUGUUUCGAGCUGAUCAAACAUGAUGACAUUUCGCACUUUUUGAACAUUUUCAUUUCUUUUGGGCUUUGAAGAACGACCCGAACAGGGUUUAUACACAAGUUAAAUUUAGUCAUUUCUGGACCGGACAAACCACUCGUAGAUUCCUGCCUGACUUAGAGCCUACUUCUCAUAAGCUUCGAAAAUCAUUGAAACGGUUUCUGCGACUGUUUUCUUUAACAGGUGACACAAUUUGAUUUUGGCGCGUUGUUCCUUAAAAUUUGGCAUCGCAAGAUCGCCGAAAGCGCUGGGAAGUGAUUUAAUAAAACGACUACUCUGUCGGCUGCGGUAAUUUGUAGUUCAAUUCCACUUUCAGAAAUUAUUAAGCACAGAACAUGUAGCUGAGUGCCCAAGCCAUGACUGUUAGGGUCAGACCAGAAAAUCAAUGAGCAUUUGAGUCUAAGACAGUCGACUACUGUGGAAUAACUACCUCAUAGAUGCGAAUAUACGAGUCCCAGAUUCUUGUCGCAAAGAAGAUGAACUCGCGAUCAUUAGAACACUGCUGUCCCUGUGAUCGCGCGUUCAUCUUCUUCGUAUUCAUGUAAUGAGCAUUCCACAAACGAGUAGUGUUACAAGUAGUAUGAAUUUACAUGGCAAAGGCGUUGUAUCGUACUCCUGACAUAGGUACUAACUAAAAGCUCAAACGCGCGUUUCGCGAUUUUUUUGCUGUUAUAUGGCGCAGCAGUGAUGGGUUCGGCCCAUAAGUGGGUCCCCUAGCGUUCUCCCCGCGGUUUCUGCUAUUUGAACCGCAGAGAAUGACCAAACUAAUAAGUUCAGACAUUAUUAAGUGCAAGACGGGGAGUUAAAUGUCAGGGACGUUCUUUUUUAGGACCAGACUCGAAAUUUCAAUGAAUAUUUGAGUCGAGAAUAUGUAUAUAUGUAUAAAUCAGUUCUUCUAAGAGAGGUCUUUGCUCUCUAAAGCACCUUUACGUGUUCCCUAAAGUGUGACGCGAGUGUCGUUGCAGCAGUGCGGAUGGGAGAUCUGAAGGCGUCAAAAGAAGCUCUACGAAACGGAGGUAAUGUCAAUGCCCAGGACGGUAACGGCAAUACUCUGCUGCACUUAGCCUGUGAUUCCACCAACCUGGCAAUGGUCGAGCUUCUGCUUAGCUACGAUGCCGAUCCCAAUCUGAAGGAGGAAACCGUAAGUAAUUUAUUUUUACAGACACAUAUGACUACUUUUUUCCAGUUUCAAUGAUUGGCAAAUGACCAGCUUAGCAGUCGGUUGAAACAGCGGUAAAUUCAAGUGGCUAUACAGUGUUUUUUAGUUUGAAUGUCGUGGGCACUUUUGUGUACCGAUCGAAGAGCAUACCUAGCCAUUUGACAGUGUGUCAGUACAUACCUUCAUCACUGCCUACUGGGACAUACUAACUCUCUUAAUCAGUCACAAAUUGGGAAUUUUUUCUAAGAAAACAAACGGCAACAAAAGAUAUGUUGCGUCAAGGAGUAGGAGGCCGGGUCAGUGAAACAAGGAUUUUAUUCGCCUGAUUUCUUUGGGUUCACAUUUUAGUCCCACGUUAGAGACAGCAGCAGGGGGCUGAAGAAGUGUAUACCCGCCAUACAAAUACGCACCUAACAAAAAUCGGCAGUUUCUCCAUUUAUCUCAGAUGGUCAUACUUGGCGCUAUAAUUGCUUGAUCGCGCUCGUCGUUAACUGCCGAAAUUUAAUCGUCAAUGUCACUGGCUGAUGUGACCAUGUGGCUCGCUGGUGAUAACACGGGUUGUAGUGUUCGCUCGCACACUCAAUGUGUGGCAGAUUACUCUUCCCAGGCCAGGUUAUUGCGCUGAAGGUGUAGGUAGUAGUUCAUUACGCAUGGUGACGGACUGGGAGCCGGAGAAGAAGGACGCAACUCGUUUGCGGCUCACGUUGAUUGUCACCUUCCUUGAGAAAGUUGGUUGAGUGAACGCGAAGGUGGAACCAAAGCUGGUCGAAUGGACCGCGAUUUGCGAUUCCCACGUCAUUCCUGUCCUUUACUGCUGAACCGCGUUAUCAGUGGCCCUCCAGUUUCCCCAAUGUAGUUGUUUUGACCGCAAACGUACCAGACUCGAUAAACGAGUUUAGACUCUCCCCGCCAUGGAAGCGAGUCUUUAGGCCUCGUUUCUCGGUGCCUGAUGGUCCAUAUGCAACCCAAAUUUCAAGUGGCCCGAGGAGGCAUCGGACGUCUUGAAAGACGUCCUUGACAUGUAGAUCGCUUCAGAAAAUCCUAAACCGGUGCAAUUCAGUUCCUCACUUCAUCUUCGCACAUACCGACUGACGACGUUUCAAAGAUAGUUCUUCACUAUAAGAACCCACCGAAAGUAUUGCAAUUCGGUAAUCUUCUUUCUAGUUCACUGCAGCGCGUCUCAACAGGCCAAUAUAGCGUUCUUAAUAAACCGCGUUUGUGGCCGUUUGGAGGUUACCGUUUCCCUGGACACCUUAGUUCUUUAUGUAGCUAGAGUCUUUGCAACAAACAAAAACACCAAAGAAGGCCAGAUAGUUUUCUGCCACCCACGUUGGAAACCAUAUUUUAGGCGGAACUACAGUAAGAUGCUCCUUGAGUGUCAACACUUGAUCCAGUUCGAUGAGAAUGAAGGCACCACUCAUAUUUCGCGCCUAGUAUCUCGGUUCAUGGUGUUUCCGAUGUGUCCAGAAUUCGGCGAACCCAUCGGCGUGCCUUUCAUCUUCUGGGGUCUUAGUGCUAGUCAAAAACGUCGGGAAAAUAAGAUUCUUGUUUCAGAGAUGAUGUCUCCUUCUCCUUCCUACUGCCCUGUUCUAGCCUUUGCACAUGUGACAGCGAUUUUGCUCGUUGUACCAACGAAAUUCCGAACGCCAGAAAGAGUGAAUCAGUAAUCGGUUAAACAUGCAGGUGAUGAAUAUCACACGAAGAUUUCGCGUUUCCAGAAAUCUCCGCUGUGGGAGAUUGGACGUGAGUAUCUUAAAACUAACAUGGCAAGAUCUCAUUUCGUUAGGGGUUAGAGUUAGGGGGCCAGAGUUAGGGAUUAGGGUUAGGGAUUAAGGUUAGGGGUCAGGCUGGGGCUUGUCUACUGCAAGUACGGCUACGAAAUGAGACCCGACGACUAAUAUCAUGAGAAGCAAUCUAAAAAGCAUGGGCGGGCGAACGAGGGAACUCAUACGAAGAUCAUACUAUGAUUCAACAUUAUCCAUUCAGCAUAGAAAGUUACCAUAGAACUUUUAGUACUUAACAAAGCACAUCAGAAGCUUCAUUUGUUGAAAGUUGCUUUAAUGUGUGAAUAAUAAGAUAUCUAAAAUCACGAGUUUUCGAUUUUCUAUCAAUAGCGCUCGAAAAAUAUCCAAAAAUACUGUCGACAGCCUUAUGCGUAUCGUAACUGAGAAACCACUGCACGAUUUUACGAGUCCUAUAUGACGUCUUCCUAAUGACAUAGAGAGAUAUGCGAUCUUUCUUUGACGGAAUGUGUACAAUGUGAAGUUUGCAAACCCUGAAUGCACGUGUGACGGCAUCUGGGGUCAAAAUUUAUCCGUGAAUUAGGAAUGUUUUUAUAAACCGAAAGAUACACUCUCCCCAAAUAGAAAACUUAAAGAUCUUAUUUACUACCAAAUAAGCUAAACAGAUAAUAUUUUCUACAUAAUAUAUUUGGAUUUGUAAGCGCAUCGAAAAUCAAGAGGAAUUAUAUUGCUUAAGCACCCACUUUUUACAGGGUGUAUAUUUUACAGACGGCCGAAAAGAACCUAGUUUAACAAUCAGCAUCCUAGCGUAGCCGAAAUACCUUAAGAUAAUACCGCGUGAUAACUGAUGCUACAACCAUACUUAGGUAAUCUUUUCGAAUCAGAAACACAUUUCAGCAUUUUGGUUAACAUUUCCUGAGCCAUACGGAACUGUUAUGUGGAUGCGUGGAUGACACUCCUCAACGGGAGCAAAAAAGUAGUGUCCACAUCAAAGAGUAAGCAUUUUGGCGCUGUUUUUGUUAUACAAGUGUUACUGAUAGACAUGAGGACACUGGGAUGAUCGCUACUGACCUAUUCACGUCGUCAGUCACUGAUGUCUCAACCAAGUUCUAUAAAUCCGGACCAACUAGCACUCCAAAUCGCCACCUUGCCAAGACCAGGAUGCACUAAUCAGAGUUUGAGCAUCACGGACAGGUGACGUAAAUCAUUAGUGGUAAUGCCAGUGUCCUUGUGUCUGUGGGUAAUAUCGCCCGACUACUUGUCAUGCGUUCAUCUGCGUGGGCUGUUGACACUCAGCUCCAAGGCAGGAUGGAGCUGUCCAUUUCUAACCUUGUCGAUAUCAAACUGCGGCGAGACAAAUCCGAGUAGCUUGGGAUUAUGAGUCAACAUUGUUGACGUACUUGCUUCCCAUAAGUAGGCGUGCUUUGAUCAAGUUACAUAUUUCGUACAUACAUGCAUACAUACAUACAUACAUACAAACUGCAGUUGUAUGUUGACCAUUUCUACGGCUGCAUCACAAUUACGUGCGGACAGCGAUGCAAACAGUCCUCUAAGAACGAAAUAAAGAAAGAAAGGGGGAGCAGAUCAGAAGCAGAUCACCGGUCGAGUUUGGUCCUGCAGCCCCAACUGGGUGACGCCAUAUGCUUAGCUUUCUAACAAAUUUAGUAGAUGCGAGUACGCCGACUCUACAAAUAUCACGCAUUAGCAUCUUCCUUAUCACUUUAAUGCAGCGAGUGACCGUGACACGUGGGGAGGAUUGCAUAUACGCCAGCCUCGGUUACUUCAGGUAUCACUUUACACGCGCUUCCCUGUGCGUGCUUCGAGCUCAGCUUGCGCCCUCUUUAUUAUCUUAAUCCAGCCAGCGGUCAAGUAGACUUGCUAAUAGGAUUGUCCUUACGGUGUGAAACUCCGUCGGUUCCACUACAGUGGUCGCGCACUGCUAAUUACCACGCGAUUCCCUCCAUGGUCUUCCAGUUGUGAUUGUGCCCCCCCCUAUCCUCUGUGUCGGGGGUGAGUAGGUGUACACCACCUUCAUUCGUUCCCCGCGCGUGCUUCGAGCUCUGCUUGUGCCCUCUUUCCCUUCCUAAUCCAGCGAAUGACUAAUUUAGGUAUGCUAACUAAUAUUGUUUUAGUAAGCCAACCAUACGGUAUCAAUAAAGUGGGGUGGCAGAACCAAACCUCGCCAAUAACUGCUUUCAACUGUAGGGGCGCUCACCGAUCGUUCUUACGGAACUCACUCGUUCCGUUGUGCCUUACGGGCUCUCUCUCUUGAGUCCAACCAGCAGCUGCACAGCGACGCAUGAUAACGGCACUAUGUUAUUACCGACAAAGACAAGGGAGACUGGAAUGGCCAUUUCUGGCUUAUUAGGCGCCGUCAGCCAAUCAUAUCUAACCCCGAAGUCUGGGACACCCGAGGCUCGACCUCGCUACCUGUUAGUUAGAAUUCCACACCACUGGGCUACGAGCCCGUUGCCCUGUCGGCUUCGAUCGGGAAUAUACAAUGGUAGAGGGCGUUCACCUGCCUAUAUCAUGCGCCGCUGUUCGGCUGCUGGUUGGGCUCGAGAGAGAGUCCGUAAGGCACGACGGAACGAGUGAGUUCCGUAAGAACGAUCAGUGAGUGCCCACUACCAGCGUAUAUUCCCGAUCGAAACCAAUAGGGCAACGGGCUCGUGGCCCAGUGGUUAGAGGUGUGGACUGCUAACCAACAGGUCGCGAGUUCAAGCUUCGGGUGUUCCACACUUCGGGGUUGCGUAUGACUGGCUGACGACGGCUAAUAAACCAGAAAUGGCCAUUCCAGUCUUCCUUGUCUUUGUCGGUAAAACAUACAACCGCUUUCAAUUUACGCACUUCCAUUUACUGAAUGCUGAUUUAGUUUAGAUCAUGCAUAAGUGACUACUAGGGUCCGUGCUUUCCUCUGCGUGGACUGAGACACCCAGCUGCUUUUGAAAUUUCGCUAAAGGCAAAGGAAAGAAGCUUACUUCUGUUUUACAACAAAGAAUCCAGAAAGCUUUUGUUGCAAUUAUGGAUUAGUCACCGCACCUUUCUUGUUUCCUUUGCAAUAAAUGCAGUUUCUUUUGCUAUAUUUGUUAACAGUUGGUGUAAAUUUAGAUGGAAGUAAAAGUGUCGAAAUUUCGACACCUCCUCCAUUAGGAUAAAUUACUUUGUCUGAACUUGAAUGCAAAUUCGGAAUUGCAAAUGUCCUUUUUAAAUCCAACUAUAAUUUCCACACUGCAUGAUUGCUGCACAAAUUGAACGACAAUCUCACGUCCAAAUCAGUAUUUGAGAAAACAAAGUUUAUCUUUCCAUAGGUCCGAUAUUCCACGAUAUUCUAAUAGGAAAUUCGAGUCUACCAGUUGAUCCAUGCACUAUUAAUGAUUUCCUGUCGUGCAUGUUUCAGCUGGAGGAUACACCAUUACAUAUAGCAGCCCGCAAACGAGACCUAAAAAUCCUUCAAGCCCUCAUCCGGCACAAUGCAGAUGUGAACGCCAGAAAUUUCAACGGUGAAACGGCCCUCCACUGCGCAGUGCGAAAGGACGGAGAGGCUACCAUGCGUCUCCUCUUGGAUGCCGGUGUGGAUGUUAAUGCUCGAGAUACGGUAGGUCAUCUGGUUUGGAAGACAGUCAGCAUCCAACAAGUCUCCCUGAGCAUGCAGUGCUUCCUGUAUAGUCGACGUUAAUGAGAGGAGUGGGAUGUAAGAAUUACAUUUGUUUCUUGCCAUUCUGAUGGGAAGUUCAAUCAAUACAAUAUCACUGAUCAAAAGAGAAAACCGGAACAUCCAUAUACCCAGUCAACGAAUCUCGGAGGCCCAAGGGACUACUGCAAAUUUACAUGGAGAUUGAGCCCGCGGCCGUUGCGUGAGGUGUCUAAGUUAAUCCUCCUUGCGCCAACUCCAUAAGGAUUGGGCAGAGGUCGAAGCUGCGGGCAGUUCCGAUGACGCGAGAAACAACUGCUUGGCAGUAUAUAAUCUGUAGUGGAAAAACCUUUUGAAGAUCUCUACCUUCAGCCAACCAUACCACAAAUAAGACGACUUCAGGGUCAGGAUUUUCCUUAGAGAUAUUUUUGCCGCAACAUGUGGGACUAUCUAACAAAUUAGCUAACUUUAAACACGCCCUCUAUCCUCAAGAGACUUGCAAAUCUUAUUAUUCUACCAGGAUUGCCUAAUUCCUUUUAGUUGGCAAGGUUUAAGCGGGGUUACUUAGGCACGACGUAAAUUCAAACCUACACGUGCAAGUGGAUCCAUAUUAGCAGCAAUCUGGAGCCAGAGGUGAAAAAAGGGAGUCCCAGUCGUUGGACUUAUACCCAACAGAAAGAAUCGGAAUAUGACGUAUCCCUGAAAAUCCGUCUACUCCGUGUAGUUGAACAGAACUCGGAUUCGCUCCCGUGUUAGUACAGAUCCACAGCAGGUGCCGAGUGACCUCGUUUGUUUCUUUUUUUUUACUGUAGGACGGUGCCACGGCACUUCAUCUGGCUGUCUCGUUGGGGAGCUUGUACGCAGUUAAGCUGCUUCUUCUACGAAAGGCGGAUCCCGACAAGCGCGAGAAGAAUGGCAGAACACCUCUUCGUCGAGCCUGUGAACAGGGCCAGUCGAUCGUCCUUCAAAGCCUAAUUGAGGCCGGAGCUGAAGUGGAUGAAACCGACUGGGUAGGUGACGACGGAAAGUUUGGGGACUACAAUGCUAAAAAGAAGGACCAACGAACUGAAAGGAAAGUGCGCCCACUGAACCUCGAUCAACCUUCUAACUUACAGAACUAGACAACUCACUGGAUAGGUUUACUGCUGGGUGCAGAGGACUCCUUUUCAGGCAUUCAGAACACUGAUUACUGAACUCAAAAAAUCGGUUUGUAUGGCGAGAAUACUCAGGUGACUCGUGCUUGCUUUCUAAGUCUGGAGCUAUGGCCAGUCUGAGGGAUUCCUCCGCUCUGUUUUUUAGCACGGCCGAUUGAUAAUACGUCAUGCUUUUGUAGUAUACAUGGCAUGAUUACGUUCCGGGCAAGAUCUUAUUUCGUAGCCGUACCUGUUAGGGGCUAGGGUUAGGGGUUAUGGGUCAGCGUUAGGAGUGGGGGUUGGGGGUUAGGGAUUAAGGGUUGGGGUUAUGGGUUAAGUUUAGGGGUUGGGGUUAGGGUUAGGGGUUAGGCUUGGGUUUAUCUACUGCAGAUACGGCUACGAAAUAAGAUCCGACCACGCUCCGUAACUCGAUCAGGUCCUAGAAACAAUCGUACAGGCAAACUGCUUCUGUUAUUUAUUUUACUUAGGAAUCCUAGCCGUUGACGCUACAGUUUGGCCCCGUUCAUCCACGUCCAGUACAGAUAACGUGAGCACGCUCUCUGCGUAGAUCAAGAUGUAGCACCAAUCGUGGGAGAAAAUCACUUCCCGUCAUUUGUUUUCGGGGGAUGGGAUAAACUAGUUCGUCGUCCAAAACGCGCGGUCGACGGCCGGGACAUCAGGAGGUGACCCAUUACCUUGCAGAGCAAUAUGGGAAGCCAUUUGUUCGUUCGAUUGUUCCUACAUCUUUUCCUGCGCAAGGAACCUGCCCACGUCAUCUUUACUGCAAAAAUUGCAGUAUUAUUAAUCGGUCGGGUUAAGAUUGAGGGAUUGAUUAUUCCUCGGACGGGUCAUGGGCUCCUACAGUUUAAUUUAGCCCAGCUCUUAUGACAGGGGGCAUGUGCUAGCAGCGAAAGCACGGAUGAUGCUGGCAUGUUCAUUGCUAUUGGCAAACUACCGCCAAAUCUCCAGAAACGCAUCGUGGAAGGUGAGGGCUCCAAUGCGGCCGAUCUGUGCAUCUGCUGAUGGUAAAAAAACUGCUUGACCAAGUUUUUAUUCAGUUGUUACUUGGGCAUCAAGUUCCAGAAGCAGUGAAAAUCGGACUGGGACCAUUACUUGUACUGGUGUUAUUCGUAUAAAAUCGCUACCGGAUAUAUGCCUGUUAGCGGCUCAUGACAGUUUGGCCGUCGCUAUCGACCAUGUUCACCGUGCGCUCCACAGCAGGGUGAGAACAGGGACGGUGACUUGCGCGUGAACUAGUUUAUAGCGAUAGUAGACUUGCGCGGCAUCCACCGCACCCUUCCCUCCUCCCCAACCUGGACUCGGUGUCAAAACAUGGUCAGGAAGACUGGAGAUGCGAGAGGACGUAAGUGGCCGGCGCAGUCGGAGCCGCCCUUAGGCCUGCCGCUAUACCGUGAUGAAUCCUCAGUAUUACUAAUAUAAUAAAUGGUAUCCCAAGCUUGUGAGCUAGGCACAGAACUGUUGCCGGUGGAGACUGCGAUAUCGGGCUGCUCUCGUCAGCCCAGGCAAGGUAAGCACAGGGUUCAAAUCUCAGAUGGCUCUGUUGCCACGCCGACGUUCUGUCGUCUAUCCACAGAUCCAUCGCCCGACGGUUGUGUUAGAGAAUAUUAAUAGUCACGUGGCAGUGCCGUUUGUUGAUUACUGCCGAUGGAAAUACUUUCGGAAUAACUCGCCCAUCCUCCUCAGAUCAGAGUACGUUUGUCUAAAAGGUAUUUUCAAACUAAAGUUUUCCGUUUACAUAACUUUUUUCAGCACGACAGGACGCUGCUUCAUGUGACCGCAGCGGAUGGAAAUGCAGAUAUUUCCAAACAGCUCAUUGAAUUUGGCUGUCCAGUGGACGCUCAGGACGACCAGCUACUUACUCCCCUCCAUAUGGCCUGUCUGAAGGGCCAUAUAAAAACGGCUGAGUUACUGAUUGAAUCCGGUGCAUCACUGCAUUUGAGAGACGUGGUAAGUGUCCUUUAACUUGGAACCCUGUACAUGGCGUUGUGACUAAUGCAUCUCUACCGUAGACACCACAUUCUUUUCUUCUUUAAGAAGACUGAUCGUUUGCCUCUUUAUGGGUGACAGCGGUGUUUGUUCGGCUGUCAUCAAGUUAUUGGACUACAGUUUUGGUGAAUAAGUUUAUUUUGUUGGAGCACAUCUCCAAAAAUAACGCCGCAAAGGAGAGGCUAGUUUAUUGUCAGAGGAAGCAUACGGAUCUCAGUUUGUGCGUGCGUUACACUAUGCAGUGGCGAAAAAACGAUUUUGUGGAUGAUUCAGCUAUCUCUCGAAAGUUAUACAGUAGGUGGGCUAACUCAUGAAAUGUCAACCAAAAUUCCGAAGUGCGUCUUCGUUCCGAAAAGACUAAUUCAGUACGGUUGUAAAACUGAUCGUCUAACAGCGUAAUACCAUAAUAAUUCAGUAACCGCAGGAUGUCCGCUUUAGGAUGAAUUUCUUUUUGGCUGCAUGCAAAAACUAUAUUCUGCCAAAAAUUGACUACUUACGUAGCAUGCAUUUUCCCAUUGCUUUUCAAUGCCCUUAAAAAUUCAAUUAUAUUUCAUGGGAAACAUGCGUAAAAAUAUGCAUUCUUUUGCUCAUUCUGUAGAAAAUUACGUCUUUUUCCAAUUUAAUACUCAAAGGAUGGGCAUAAUUCGGUUUUCAAAAACCUUUCCGAUUCCCGAAUAAUUCUGAACCCUGACCUGCCUUUACGCUUGCGUUCACGGUUUCCAAACUACAAGUCAUUAUAUUUUCCGAUUACGGUAAACCAUACAUGUAUCUACGUAAUUAGGAGGAGACUAUAUGGUGUUCACAAAAUUAAACAGUAGAUUUGAGCCAUAUUGUUAACUUUAUAAGCCACAUUGGUAAAUGCAGAGACGUGACGUUUGAUGAAUAGCCAUUUUACGUUAUUAAAACAUCUCACUAUUAGAAACUUUUUAAAAACCGAAUUGUACCCUUUCUUUGGGUAUAAAAUCUGAAGAAGACGUAAUUUCCUACCGAAUGGACGAAAGAAUGAAUAUUUUAUAUAUGUUUUUCAUUAAAUAUAAUCGAAUAUUUAAGGGCAUCGAAGAUCAAUGAGAAAAUGCAAGCUAUUUCAAUAAUCAUUUUUACAGAGUGUAGUUUUUGGUUGCGACCGGAAAGAAGUUUGUUCGAAGCCGGCAUCCUGAAGUAACUGAAUUAUUAUGGAAUCAUGUUGCACGAUGAUUGGUUUUACAACCCUACUUAAUUCAUCUUUUCGAAAGAAAGCGCAAUUCGGAAUUUCGAUUGACAUUUCAUGAGUUAGCCCACCUACUGUAGGCCUUCACGCCGCGUCAGCUCCCGCGACCAGUCCCAGCGUUAGCCUGUUGACCGGUUCAUGGGAGAGGCAGAGAAAAGUAAGGCUGACACUGGCGAAUUCAUCCUCACAACACAUUGCCGCAUUCCUCACUACAAUAAAAUCGAGACGUACUGAUAGUCUUGGCUUGAAGGGAUAUCAACUGUUGGGAUAACUCGGUCGACCAAACGGCCCUACCGAGUUUUCCCUAACGACCGUCCGCCACUUUUUAUUACUCCUUAUUAAUUUCUGCUGACGACGUAGGUUCCUGAACUUCCUUUUCGGUUGAAGUGGCUCGCCAUGGCAGGUUUCUGGCAGUCGCGUGUCGGUCAUGGGCUGGGGAGAGAGAAAGAGGGGAAGUUAUUACCUGACCAUGCUCAACCUGCCCUGACAACACGCCGCUCUGAAACCAUGUCCGUUCAUACUGACUGCACACUGCGCAGUCUCUCAUGAAGAGAUCGAGCGGCAACCCAAAACGUUAAGCGUAUAAUGUUCUUGUCUCAGCAAAGGAGUCCUCUUCCUCUUAUUGUAGCACAGUGACUGUCCACCUGCGCAAUAAACGGACCGGAUUUCCUACAAUGCCGUGAAAAGUGAUGGUCAGCAUCGUCAGUGAUUGCGUGUCUUUGUCUUUGUCUGGAACCGACAAUGGACUGCACCGCAGAUGCGCUGAACCGAAACGGAAGAGUUUGAACUGCCUCACGACGCGAGUUUAUUGAGCCGCACCGAAUCCAGGCGAGCUUGUAGUUACUGUCAUACAUGUGUGUUUGGGCACGCCUUAGAUGUUGGCUGACUCAGGGGGGAUCCAUCCUUACGACACAUUGGCGCAUUCCUCACUAUAAUAAGGCUGAGACGCUUAAACCUUGAAGAAGGAGACACGAUCGCUUGGACAAGAGCUUUAUUAGUCUGACGUUUCGAAUUCCUGCUCGAACCCAUCAUCAUAUACAAAAGCAGAUACGGGUGGUUCAUGCAUAAGGGGUUCAUUCGACGAGAUCCGGCCACACAUUCUCGCAAGAGGUGACAACCGCGUGGGCCGGGAGCUGCUUGAGUCGUGGUUUACUGGCCCCCAGUCCAUUAACAAGCGCAAUGAUCUUUCCAUUCCAUACUCGGUGCUGAGACUUCGCCUAGGUGGAGUAAUUGGCCACGCGGGGAGCGCACAUGUGAACACUUCUCCCAACACCAGGGUCAGCGCGUCAGAUGGUCGAGCAAUCAUCACACGAACAUCCAACACACCUGCUGAAAUUGCAGCAAUUAACGACGCGAAUGUCGGCCGUCACACCACAGGAAACGAUCCCGAAUGAAGGGGGGAGCCGUGAAUGUUCAUAGGUAUGCGGUAGCAUGGCUAUUGCAUCCUAUAAACACUGCAGCCCCUUAUGCAUGAGCCACCCGUAUCUGCUUUUGUCUCUGAUGGUGGGUUCGAGCAGGAAUCCGAAACGUCAGGCUAAUAAAGCUUUUUUCCCAGCGAUCGUGUCUCCUUCUUCAAGACUGCUGCCUGGGACUCGUCUCUGCGCUUCUAUUGACGCUUAAAUCUAUUGCGACGCACUAAUAGCUUUGGCUUGGAAGGCUAAAAACGAGUUGGCUAACUCAGUCCUUCCCAGAACUCAAAGGCAGACUCCCCAGUCUCUUCGUUAUGUGGCCCUCAUUGUACUCUGAAAUAUGUGAGAUCCAGACCACCCCCGCAGAAGCUGGUACAUGCCGAAAGGCCAGACCGUGCUUGACAUGCGUAGACUCGCUGUCCAAUCUCAUCAGUCACUACAUUCUAGCCCGCCUCCGGUCGUCUGGGCAUUGGCUUGUUGCCGGAGCAAGAAGAGUGAAGGGGGAGAGAGUUCGUUUGGUGUUGUGCAAGUCACCAUCCUGCGUCCAAUUAACGGGGCAUCUGGUGGACUUAGCCGUCUGCUUUGCCCAAUUCAUCUACAAACGUCUCAAAAUCAAGUGUGAUAUUCAUGUUUCAAAUGGUCUUAAAGCAUCAAAGCGAAAAUAAUUUCUCACAACAGGGUCUUUUCUGAACACUUAGACAUGUAAUUACGUAAAUGACAGGUAUUGCAGAUUUUCGGAGAAUUAUAAAAUCGAAAAAUCAACGCAGAUAUUUUGGACGCACACUUGCUGUAGACUAACAUAAGUCGAUCAACAGAAGUCCUAAAUAAGCAAAGAUAAUACAGUCAUGGAUGUCCAUCCUAUCUGAAACUGUCAUAUUACUCCUCGAUUAUCACAAGUCGUAACAACACAAUUAUAAACAUCCACAAAAUCAAAAUUCAGAUUUGCGUAAUAAUGAUAGGUCCAGGAUCAGUGGGGUGGUGACAGUAGACCCAUUAUUAACUUGACACUUACGCUCGCGUCGGCUAACUGCAGAAGAUUGCCGAAAUAGUUGACUUUGGAGAUUUCAGACUCGCCUGCGUUUACGAUUUCAGGCUCACAAUAAGUGGCAGCGUUGUCUCCUAAGGGUUUCUGUACGCACGGUAGAACAAUGAUGAAAAUGCCUCGGCAAGAUUGGCGUUAGGCGUGCACACUAAUUUUUUUUGUCUGCGAAACCUUAGCCUGUCCUCUGUCGCUACAUAAAUUUUGCAAAUUAAGCCCUUAAGUUAUCGGCUGACUUGACCGUCAGUGUAUUGACUUGGAAAGGCCGGGAAAAUCGUCAUUGCUUUAAUAUGGAAUAGGCCUUCCUGAUUCCCAAAAAGACGAUUACGAAAGGUAAUACAUCCGAAAAUUCUUUAAAACGAUGAAAGACACACUGCACAGCCUCGGGAAAUGCCCUUCUAGACAUGACAUUAAGGACCACUCCGAAAAUCUGUCUAUGUCCCCGAUUGGUAGUUCCGUUUCUAUGGGAUCAAAUAGUUCCAAACUAUAUUGAUUUCUGGAGUUCGAUAAAUUGAGAUACAACAGAACAGUUUCAGCUUAUGACACGAUCGCUUUAAGCGAGAUUUCCAAAGCGAAGUGCACCUCACCACCUCUGUCAGCUCGAACAAUAUUUGGAUCGAAUUUAAAGGACUCUGAUCGUCUUUCCUGGAGGUAAGCUUCUUGGGUUUUGCAGCCCAUCGUAGUUACGAUCGUGGCUCGAACCAUGAGCGGCCAGAAAAUCUUGUACAGAUUGUUGCUUUAAAGGCAUUUCGCACUAUCUUUGUCACAUAUAAAAUGGUUUGGCGCAUCGUUUUUCUUACAGCGUGGCCGCACGAUCGAAGACUGCGCGGAGGAGUCGGGAAACAUCCCCCUUUUAUUGUUUAUCCAAUCAAUGCUUGAGGUCCAGAGCGAGGAGAGUACCAACUCGGAUGAUUCUUCUUCUUCUUCUGGAUAG